UUAAACCAAUCCUAUAUUGAUUCACCAACCAGCCCUCAAAGUGAAGCUGCGAUGUCGACAGUGCUUACUGUGGCGGCUGUUGCGGCGCUAGGGGAGACCGACCAGGUGGUGACCCCGUGGGAGGUGGCCGGCACGGCACAAGGAGGAGUCAACUACGAUAAGUUGGUGGACCAAUUUGGGUGCCAACGCAUCGACGCCGCGCUCGUCGACCGCAUCACGCGCCUUACAUCCAGACCGCCGCAUCGCUUCCUCCGCCGUGGGAUCUUCUUUGCCCAUCGCGAUUUGAACCAGAUAUUGGACCUGUACGAGCAGGGGGGAAAGUUCUACCUCUACACGGGAAGGGGACCCUCCUCGGAGUCACUGCACCUUGGCCACCUUGUCCCCUUCAUGUUCACAAAGUACUUGCAGGAUGCCUUCAAGGUGCCUGUAGUGAUACAGUUAACCGAUGACGAGAAGUUCCUCUGGAAGGACUUGUCUAUUGCGGAAUCUAAACGGCUUGCCCGUGAAAAUGCCAAAGACAUCAUAGCUUGCGGGUUUGACGUUGAAAGAACUUUCAUUUUCUCAGAUUUUCAAUAUGUUGGAGGUCCCUUCUAUGAAAAUAUGAUGCAAGUUGCAAAGCGUGUGACAUUUAAUACUCUUAGAGGCACUUUCGGAUUUACUCCAGAAGAUCACAUAGGAAAGUGUUGCUUUCCUCCUGUGCAAGCUGCUCCAUCAUUUGCUUCGUCAUUUCCCCAUUUCUUUGGGGUUAAUGACCAGCCGCGGUGCCUUAUUCCAUGUGCAAUAGACCAGGAUCCUUAUUUUAGAUUGACUCGUGAUGUUGCUCCUAAAAUGGGUUAUCCGAAACCUUCACUUAUUGAAUCAAAGUUUUUCCCUGCUCUUCAGGGGGAGUGUGGUAAAAUGUCUGCCAGUGACCCGACUAGUGCAGUAUAUCUGACAGAUAAACCUAAAGUAAUUAAAGAAAAGAUUAGGAAAUAUGCUUUCUCUGGUGGCCAGUCCACCACGGAGCUCCAAAGGAAAUAUGGAGCAAACCUCGAUGUUGAUGUCUGUAUCAAAUAUUUAAAUUUCUUCCUUGAAGAUGACGCUGAGUUUGAGCACAUAAAGAAGGAAUACAAAGUUGGGAAUAUGCUAACAGGCGAAUUGAAAGACCGUGUCGUUGGCGUUCUAUCGAAGAUAGCAUUAGCACAUCAGAAUGCUAGAGCUCAAGUGACCGAGGAGAUGGUUGAUGCAUACAUGUCUGCUAGUCCUCGUCCCAAUAUGUUUGGGACCCAUUCUGAUUAUGUGAAAUCGUAAAAGGUUUAUGCUUUAUUUAAGGGGCAGCGCUAUUGCUUCCCAUCAGACUAUUCGUGAGCCCUACGAUAUAUCUGAUCUGACGUGGCUGCUGGCCCCUUAAAACGAGCCUGGGCUUCCACGUACAAAACCACCUUAAACAGCUUCCGCAAAUCACAUACUAAUCUGGGCCACUAAUUACCUGAGAUAAUUUGGUGAGAUGCAUUCUUGUUCCUUGGAUUUAGAAGCAAUCUGCGGCAUGCUUUCUUUUUAUUUUUUAGUUAGAAGCAAUCUGCGGCAUGUGUAACCUGGUGUUUUUAAGGGAAAUGUGGCAAUGAUAUUUUGUUUCAGAAGCAUCACGAUAUUUCAUCG